AUGUCGUACAGUGACUUGAAAGAGAAGACAUUCGUUGUCACCGGAGCCGCCUCGGGCAUGGGCCGCAAGACUGCCACUCUGCUGGCGAAACAAGGCGCGAAUCUCGCGCUGCUCGACUUGCGAAAGCCGGCCGACACUCUGGUGGAAAUCGAGGCAUUGGGCGUUCGAGGAGUCGCCUUUUCCUGCGACGUCCGCGAUGCCGCGGCGGUGGAGAGUGCCGUGACGAGUGCGAGGCAGCACUUUGGUGCCCUGCACGGGGCGGCAAACAUGGCGGGAGUCGUGGGCAACCAGGGCAUCAAGGGGAAAGGUCACGCGCUGGAUAUCCUGCCCGACCGGGAUUGGGAUUCGAUCAUGGAUGUCAACCUCAACGGAGUCAAAAACUGUCUUCGAGCCGAGCUGAAUGCCUUGGAGGAUGGGAGUUCGAUCGUCAACGCCGGCAGCAUUGCAGGCCAACAGGCCUGGCCCUUUCUGGGUCCCUACUGUGUCAGCAAGGCCGGGGUUCUCAGCCUGACCAAGAUCGCCGCGCAGGAAGCAGGGUCUCGAGGCAUUCGAGUGAAUGCCGUCGCGCCGGGCAUGAUCCGAACGCCUUUGACACAGGCGAUAGGUACCGACCAGGAGCUACACGAUGCGAUGGGUGUUAGGACGGCGUUGAAGCGGAUUGGGGACCCGGAAGAAGUCGCAAGAUUGAUUGUCUUCCUCUUGAGUCAGGAAGCCAGCUAUGUGACAGGCACGGUCAUUAAUGUUGAUGGUGGUUAUUCGUGA